AUGUCGACUCCUUCGCAGGCGCUGACCAAGCGUCAAAGCGAAAAUAGUCUCAUGCCGCCACCCCCGCCUCCUAAACGUAUCAAACGACCAACGUCAGUCUUAGACGAGGAUGUUUAUACUAGGGCUCUUUCGGAUAUCAUUGCGAGAGACUACUUCCCCGGUUUGGUCGAGGCGCAGGCGAAGCAGGAGUAUCUAGAAGCCUUGGAUUCGAAGGACAAGGACUGGAUUACUGCUUCGAAGCAGAAACUCGCCGAUCUGAUGCUGACGCCGGGAAGAGCUCGGGGACGCCCUGGCAAGUCCGUGGCCAAUACGCCCAUCCACCCGGGGCAUCCUGGAGAUACGCCUAUGGGCUGGGGCGGCGAUACCCCGAUGUCGGUAUCCUCGGUCUCGUCGGCGAAUACUCCUCAGCUGCCCGCGCAAGACACCGCGCCGGAUGUCUCCAACCUCGGCCUUCUCGAUUUCCAGGCCAAGUUCACGAGUGAAGACAACGAAUCGUUCAACAAACUGCUGGACAAGCAGAAUAUCAAGCGUCGGGAAAAGUACGGCUGGAUCUGGAGCGGGAACAAGAUCUCCACUGCGCGACAGAUCGCCCAUCGCAAACGUGAAACCAAACGCAUCGAGGCUCAGGGUGGGAUUCCGGAUAAGGAUAAGCAAGUUGCUAUCAAGACGGACUUGGAUGCGAGACCGGCCAAGCCGGAUACGUGGGAUGCGGGUCCGGAGAACUCCCUCAUGUUCAUGCCGUCGUCCGUGGAAGACUCUUACGAGACCAUUCAACAGAAGGCUGAGGCUUCCUCUCGAGCCGGUCCCAAGCGCGUGGUGUAUCAAAACACGCGGUUGCCUGAUGAGGAUGCUCACGCCGCAGCGUCUGAAAGCCGCGCGCCUCCACCUUCCCCCGCUAUAUCGGCCAUCAAAGAUGCUAUUGCUGGACGUCCACGCCCGACCGAAUCCGAGGCAGGGUAUGCGGGGGGCGAGACGCCUCGAGUGAAUGGGUAUGCAUUCGUGGACGAAGACGAGCCGACACCUGAGGACACCACCUCGGAGCGCGGCGCCUUGGAAGAUCUUCGACUGUUAGGGAGUAGCGACGCGAACCCGAAUCCCUUUCAGAUCCGAGAGAACCGAAAACGAGAGGAUCUUCACCAUCGGAUGGUCGAUCGGGUGGCGCGAACGAAACGAUCAGAGAAAGCGAUGCGAGAGACCAAAACACCGGUCACUGCAACGCCACGGUUCGCCAGCAGCCCGCGGUUGGACUUUGGAUCUCGCACGCCCGGCUCGACCUCUGGCUCGGGGAAAAUGCUCACCCCGGCAGCCCAGCAAUUGCUUCAUCGCAUGGGCAGCACGCCUCGACCGACUGGCUCGAAUUCGUCGAAUUUACGAAAUAUCUGGACUCCGACACCGAAGAGACGGAAGUGA